CUGAGAGUAAUGCAGCCAGAGUGAUGUAUUAGUUUAUCAUUAGUUUUAAACAAACUGACUGGCAAUUGAGUUAGGAAAUGAAGUUUUAUAUUCAGUUCUAAGUUUGGCAUGAAUAGAGUGCCUUCCGUCUCAGGCUGAUUAUUUGAUAAUACUUUUCAGAUACAGGUACGUUAUCUGGUGUUAGCAUCGAUCAGUCGACGCAUGCAGACUCGGCAAUGGAUGUAGACUAAAAGGGUUUGAAAAAUGAAUGGAUCUUCAUUCAGAUGGACCAGGAGAGCGAAACAUCCUUCAACGAUCCAAGUAGAUGUCUCCGGACUCAUAACGAUUCUCUUGGAAGCUGCGACAUUCGUUGGCAACGUACUGCCGGCACUAGCUGUAUUUUUUAUCAAGAAGGCUCGCAACAGAACCGUCACCGACUACUUCGUCGGGGCUCUAGCCGUCAACGAUCUAUUUUCAGUUGCUAUUCCUCUAGGUCUUGGUAUACCGACACUGUUGAUGGGACAUUGGGUCGGUACUAAGCUCGGAUGCCAGCUUUAUCAAGUUGGUAUUUUUUGGUUCCAGAUAAACGCCAUGCUCUUGGUGACGAGCAUGUCUCUUGACCGCUACCUUGCUUUGAUCAAGCCAGUAUACUACAGAAGGGCAGUGAUAAGGAAGAUCCACCGCGUCAAAGUCUUGAUUGGAAUCCUUUGUUGCACUGCUCUUGUCAUAUCGAGUAUGCCUCUGAUGAAACUCGCCAACAAUGGCAUCCGAGUGCCAUUCACCUACUGCCCUUGUAUUUUCAUCUCAAAAGCUUCCACUUUUCAAGAACGGAUCUACCCAUCAUUCGUACUUAUCCUAGGAUCUUCAACCCUGGUAAUAGUUUUUGUAUGUAACUUUGUGGUGAUCAAGGUUCUGAAAGAUUUUAAAGGUCGCUUUCCACGGGGAAGCCUGAGCUUCGAGUCUUCGUGUACCGGGAGACUAGAUCGGCCAUCUGUAGUCGUCUUUAGCAAGCUCGUUUUCGUUUUAGGGACGCUGUUUUAUCUAACCUGGACUCCAGUAAUGGUUUUAUUAUUGCUCAAUCAACUAGACCAAGAAAUUAACGAACUAACAGCAGUGUACGCCUUAUCAAGCCUCACCAUCAAUUCUCUACUCCAUCCACUCGUGUACGGGAUAUUCAGCAUUCAGUUUCGACAAAGUUACUGGAAGAUUCUACGUCUUCUGGUACCAUGCCUUGGUGUUCAUCCGCCUUGUAAUCGGCAUAGACAUCAUCGAAUGAGCAAGCGGUGUGUUUUAAGGGAAACUUUACGCCUUGAAAAAACACAAGAACUUGCCCCAUGAAGUGAAGUUUAGCUUGGAGGUCGUUAGCUCGUUCGUAUCACCAGAAGAGAAAGGAAUCGAAAUAAAAAACAGUGGUAAUGAAUAAGAAGAAGAAGCAGAAGAAGAAAAAGAGAAGAUCGAAAAAUUCUUAAUAAGGGUGGUUAUUUUGUUACUGGAUAAAUGAAUAAGUAUUGAGUAAAAGAAAGAAGUUUGGGAGGAAGAACCUUAGAAGUUACGUAAUAUCAAAAUAGAUCGCCUGAACACUUUCUGCAUUGAAGCGCUUUUCUUAAAGUCCAAAGCCAUUUUGAGUAGUCAACUAUUGCUAAUUCUCCCUUGUCCGGCUUAUCUCCAGUGUAAUAUAAUUCUACAGCACAGCUGACAACGCAAUACAAUAAAAACAAUACCAGCUUUACAAUCAAUAGGAAGAGUCACAAUAGAUAUAACAAAAGACCAGUAUAAAUUGUAUUCAACUGGAGAUAACCUCCAGAUUCUCUCUGGCUGUGUAUCGUACCCCUCGAAGGGUUUACGCGAUAGGGGUAUCAGUGACUAGUUUAUCUAGAUUAGAUAGAUGGAGUUUAGUAGAGCAUCUAUAAGUGACGGGGCCACAAUUCAAGGCUCCCAACUCGAGCUUUUCAAUUACCAAAUACUGAUAUUCAAACAUUAAACGAGGGGUAAUUAGGUGGCACCGCCCCUUUUCGUGCCCUCAACUGAUUAGGUAAAGAACAUGAAAAUCUCUUUGCCAGAACCAGACCCCGGUUGUACCGAGGGUGGAUAGCGCUAUCCAACGAGUAAAUCCCUUAUCCAGUGGAUAAAUCAAUGCUGUUAUCCAAUAAAUUUAUCACGACCUUGCUCUGGAAACUCUCGAAGUGCUAGGAUCAAUGUUUGGUAAGCGAUUUGAGAUCCUUAGCAGAACAAGACAGAAGAUAAAACAACAAACAGCUACAGAAAAACACGUGAGUCUUUAAUAACAGAUGAUUAGAAAACGUAACACUGAACUAGGAAUAAACAUCGAAAAAAGUUGUUUCAGGGACCAUACAAUAGACAUCCUCGGCUCUGACGUAAUGCUUUCCCAUUUCAGACCACCUGUCAUUCCCUAGAGUAUCAUUUCUUUGUUUAAGGUUUGCGCUCGCUUGCACAUGAGAAGACACAUGAAUAUGGAUACAACUCAAACGAAGAAUAUUAUUCUCAAGGGAAUGACACGUGGUCUGAAAUGCGACAACAUUACGUUCGAGCGCUCCAGAGCCGAGGAGUUCUAUUAAUGAUAAUUAUGGGCCAAAAUUGUUUUACUUUAUAUUCAGCUUAAGCAACUGAGAUUGCGAUCACAUGCUUCACUUGAAAUUAAAGUAAGGCAAUGUUUUUCAUUGGCUAUUACGUU